UUCCUCUGCGGCGCAUAUUUCCCCAGCUGAGGGAGGUGGUCUGGAAGGCCAUGGACUGUCCGUAAAGCGGCUCACAUACAACUAUCCCCCAAAUCUGCCAGUUAGUGGUCGCCACACGUACACACCCCCAAAGAUUUUCCUUGUCGGUCCCAAUUGAUUGGCAGCAGGCAUUCCUGACUGGUAGUGCUAUGCGAAUCACGCCCAGCCGAUGACUAUCCGCAUCUUUGAACCUCAGCUUUAGCCACCAAAGGGCGAACAAUGCCCCUAACUUCAAAGGUGUCGGCGGAUACUUUUCUUCAUGUCUCAUCGUCCCUGACAACGUAUAGUACUGCCACUGACAAUGGCGCAUCAGCACGCAAGCACGAGCACGCAGCCGCGGUGACGGUAACGUUGGUCUUCUUCAUCACGGGAAAUCCAGGGCUGAUCGAAUACUACCACCCGUUUAUAUCACUGCUUGUCGAGCGGCUAAAGAAGCGACAAGAUCAAGCUGAGAGACCUGUCGUCGUCGCUGGGUAUAGUCUAGGUGGUUUUGAAACCGCCAGAAGCGAUGACGAUGAGCUAGACGAGGAGAUACUCCAUCCGCAAGCAACUCGGCAGGUCGAUGGUGGCGGUGGUGAUGGUAAUGGUCGCAAUCGCAUAUACACGCUUCACGAGCAGAUCGAACUCAGUUACGCGCGUAUCGAGGCGUUGGCUUCAAGUUUGUCCCAAGCGAAUCGUCCGGUGAAAGUGGUAUUGAUGGGUCACAGUGUUGGGACUUACAUCGCUUUGGAGAUCGUGAGGUUGUUGCAUGAGCGGCACCAGCACCCACACCAUCAAAGCAGCGUAUCGCCAGCGGACGGAGGCAAGUUGACUUCGACAUGGACAGUCACAUCAUGUAUAUUGCUUACGCCUACGAUUGUCGAUCUGCACAAGUCGCCUUCGGGAGUGCUUGCGACGCCGUUGCUUACAGGGCUGCCGGGUCUUUCGGCUUUGGUCCCCUCUUUGGCGCAUGGACUGUUACAUUCGGUCCUGUUGAGGAUGCCGGACAAGUGGUUGGAAGGAUUGGUCCAGCGGGCAACAGGCAUGCCGGCAGGCAGUCACGGAUUGAAAACUACGCUCGCGUUUCUCAGAAGUCCAAACGGAGUGAAGCAGGCUCUUGUGAUGGCGGGAGCAGAGUUGAAAGAAAUCAGGGCGGAUCAGUGGGGAGACGAAGUUUGGGGAGCCGUUGAGGCUGAAGCUGAGGAAGAUACGAACACGACGAGUCCACUGCUUUAUAUGUGGUUUGCGAAGGAAGAUCAUUGGGUUGCGAGUACGACACGAGAGGAGAUUGUUAAGAGAAGAGGGAUGGCAGCUGGGCAAGGUGGUCAGGAAGGAAAACAAAGACCAAACAUUCUGAUUGAUGAGACGCAUGGGUUGGUACACGCAUGGUGUUUGGAGCAGAAUCAGAUCGUGGCGGAACGGGUGGGAGAUUGGUUGGAAGAGAUUCUGGAGUCAUGACACUGUCCUUUU